AUGACGACCACCAAAAUUUAUACCAUUCAUGCUUUCCUGAUUCCCUACUUCACCUCCGGUGUUCACGGAAUGGCCCCGAUUAACGACGAUGAUUGGUCGGAUUCGGACGAUGAUGUGGGUUCGGAUGUCGAGACGGCCGUGCAACUCGGCCUCCCAGAUGGCCCAGUAGACUCCGCCGCGGACCUGCGCGACGUGAGGGUGUCUCGAUUAGGUGGUCAUCCUACGUUCUUGAACGCGUCUGAACCAUCUUUCGAAUUUGCGUUGUGCAAAGUUUGCGAUCAACCUAUGCAGCUGCUCGCACAAGUCUGGUGCCCGCUUGAGAAUAGCCCGAAUGAUCGUGUGCUGUACAUGUGGGGAUGUGCGAAGGGAUGUACGCUCAGCGUUCGGGCAUGGCGGAGCAUGAGAUACAACAAGAAGUAUGCCGAAAAGCUGGCCAAUAAAGUCGCGAGACAGAAGGCGAAAGAAGAGGAAAAGCGAAAGGCUGCUCCUCAGAAUGUGCCAAAAGUCAACCCUUUCUCCAUGAAAUCCGCAAACACCACGAAUCCUUUCAGCCUUGGUUCGCAAGUGUUUGGGAGUCCUCUACCCUCUAAGGUCCCCACUGAACUAGAGCUUGCGGAUGAUCCACCAUCCGACGAGUCAGAAAGCGAAGUCAGCGAUGAAGAUGGGACGGGAAAUGAGGUAGACCAUGUAGAGCUCGCGGCUCACAUGUCAAACACAGUACUGGACGAUUCUGUAUGGAGCGCUGCCCCAGCGUACAGGCCACUUUAUCUAUCAACAGUUUCGGAGUACCUACCUCCCGCACGGAAGACGAAAGUACCUGCCGCUGCAGACAUUGAUGACGAUGACGACGGCAAGAAGGACAAGGGCGGAAGCUGGACGGUGGAAGGGUACGAGAACUCGAUGGAGGUGGAUCACGUUUUCGAGCGUUUUACAAGGCGGGUCGGGUAUGAAGGCGAACAAUGCUUGAGAUAUGAACUCGGCGGCACGCCCCUCCCAUUUGCCAGCGACCAAGUCUUUGACAAACUGUUCCCUGCGCCGCUGGCAUCUCCCCUACCGGUUACCAAAGCAGUAUUUACGGUCGUGCCUGCGCAAAAGCGUACGUACGACGCUACCGCUGUGCCCUCAUGUCCGCACUGCAAAUCGCGGCGCGUAUUUGAGUGUCAGUUAAUGCCUAACUUGAUCAACUUGCUCAAUGCACCGGUCGAGGGGGGAAGCGCGAAACUCAGCGACGAAGAGCGGCGGCAAGAGGUGUUACAAGCGCUGAAAGGCAGCCGGGCAGCAGACCGGAUGGGGAUGGAAUGGGGAACGUGUAUGGUGUUCUCGUGUGAGAAUGACUGCUCGGAUGACAGCGCGCGCAGCUGUUGGCGGGAAGAGGUGGUACUAGUACAAUGGGACGACUAA